CCAGGCAUUAUGUUUUCUUUAUAGCGGGGUGUGGUGUUGAUAUUGUCGUUAUGCUGGAUAUAUCCUGUAAUAUCACUUCGAAAAACAAGGCAAUCAUGCUUGAGUUUAUGGUUGACUUUGCAAAUGCCUUGGAUAUAGGACCUUCACCGGAGAAAGCACAAAUGGGUCUUGUAACAUUCGAUAACUUUGUCUAUGAAGAAUUCUUCUUGAAUACGUACAACUCGUCGAGUCAAAUUGCAAGUCACAUUGAAAGAAUGGAUAUUCACCCCGAUAAUGAUAAUAUGACGAGAUGUGGUCGUAGACGAGAUUUAGCCCUCAUAUCAGCUAAAACAUUGCAACUCACAAGUGAUCAGGGUAUUCGGGAUCCAAUGGGUAUAGAGAAUCCACCAAUAAAACAGGAAGUACUGAUUAUCACUACUGACGGUGUUACGCUUCCUAAAUAUUUUGCCCCGGAUACCAUAAAAGAAGGAGGGGCGCUCAAACAAGAUACAAGAGCUGAGGUAUUCGUGAUUUCUUUAUCAAUCGAGGAAUCUAAAGACGGUAUUGAUGAAUUCUCCGCCAUUGCCAGUCAGCCUACCGACGAUUUCCUUAUCAAGAAUGAUUUCGACACAUUACUUCCUUCCCUGGAAAAAAACCUGGGAUGUUUCUGUGUCAAUGAAAUCACCAUUUGAGUUGUCUUACAAAUAAGGCAGGUACAUAUGUGGACUGUCUGAGAAGAUCGUACUACUGCCUUCACAAGGAACGAAUAUAUAUUGGGAUAUUGACCCUCAUUGGAAUAUGGACACUCAUUUCACUUUAAAAAGUUAUCUUGGAUUACUUAAUUCACACCAAAGGCGCUUUGAUGG